UUCCACCCCCGAUGUUAGUCUGAAGCCUCGAGUGUCAGAGGCGUCCGACCUCCAGGCCCAACAGCACAACGGCGCCCCCUACCUGCCACUGUCCAGGACCACCUUCCCUGCUGUCACUGUCGACCAGUCCAUCACCACCUACUCAGGAAACCCAAUAACAGCAGUCUACGCUAUAUCAGCCAACCGCCCGGGUUACUCGGAUUAUUUCGUCAUGUCGCCGCCGUCCUCGUACCGUAGCCCGUCCUGGAUGUCCUACCCCCCUGAGCCAGAGGACCUGCCGAGGCAGUGGAACGACACGCCGAACUCACGUCACCUUGAGACCAUCUGCUGAAGUCGUCCGUCUGUGACGAGCUCGGUGUCCCUCUGGACUGGAGGACCUGCUUCUCACAGAAUACUCUCUGGAGCUUUAUCACCGACCCCCCCCCCUUCCUCCUUCCUCCUUCCUCCUCGAGUCCGGCCGUCCUCCUUUCUUGUCUGAUUCCUUCAUCACCAGUGGACCCCCUCACUCCACCUCCAAACUAUCUCCAGCUGUCCCUCGCUCCCCUCCCCGGGCCUGACCUUCGUCGAUCCUCUCUAAGCCUGUUUCACCUGCAAAGUUUCUCCUCUGUCCUGUAACUCCUUCACCUGUCAAAGCUCCACUUCAAUCUCUCUCUCUCUAUCUCUCUCUCUCUCUCUCUCUCUCUCUCUCUCUCUUUCUUUCUUUCUCUCUUUGUGUUCCCUCUGCUCCCGGGCCCCCCCCCCCCCACGAGUUACUACUUCUACGUCGGCCGCCUCCUCUGUGGUGAAAACCUCAGAACAGCCGCUGACACUGCUGAACUGAACCGAGGUGAUCUGUACCGUGCUUCCCUGCCUGACAACACGCGUGUAUAACCAGGGUGAGCACGGUACAGGGCGACGAGUUCUCCGCCGCCCCCAGCGAUCGCCGUGCGGUAACUGCCAUCUGCCCAGCACACGAUGGCCCUCAGCUCCUCCGGGCCGGACCACCGCGGACUCAGGUCCACUGUAGAGCCAGGAUCGCUGGACUGACUUAAAACUGUGCUUUUUUUUCUUUUUUGAUGAAUCCAAAUUCCUGUGUAAACCUCCUACAGUUGGUUAAUAUGUGUAUUUUAAACUUAAGUGAGAAAAAAAAUCUAAAGGAAAAAAAAACAA